AUGCUAAGGUUACGAUGCGCUUGCGAAUACAGAUACAACAGGUCACAAACCUGCUGUCAGUGUUUGACCGGCUUCUCGGCUAGUGUACUCGAGGUUCAUCAGCCACGUUCCAACGUUGCACUGUUCCACCAUCCCAGAACUCGGCAACUCAAUUGCUCGACAAGCCAUCGACCUUCCCCCCUCAGCUCAACCUCCCAAACGAUAUUCAAAGGGAUUCUUCUCUUGUUACACGGUGCCCAGACUUUCCUCGUGAAGCAUUGGGGGUGGGGUAUACGAACAGAACUGCAAUUGACCACAUCCAAGUCGGACGCGCAGAAUUCGGACCACGAAAACCUUGUACACGCUUUGGGCACUUUCGUCGCUCCUUGA